ACAGGGCAGGGCACUAGGAGCCAAUGACGUCAGCAGCACUCGGCAGUCGCUGGGCAGUACCAGCAGAACCGACAGAAGCAGGUUACUAUGGUUCUCGUCAAGGAAUACCGAGUGGUCUUGCCCUGUAGCAUUGAGGAGUAUCAAGUCGGUCAGCUCUUUUCUGUGGCGGAAGCAAGUAAAAAUGAAACUGGUGGUGGUGAAGGUAUAGAAGUGCUCAAGAAUGAACCAUAUGAGAACGAUGGAGAGAGAGGACAAUAUACACACAAAAUUUACCAUCUAAACAGUAAAGUCCCAGGUUUUGUCAGGCUCAUAGCUCCUGAAGGCUCCUUGGUAUUCCAUGAAAAAGCUUGGAAUGCCUACCCCUACUGCAGAACCGUUGUGACGAAUGAAUAUAUGAAAGACAGUUUCUUCAUUAAGAUUGAGACCUGGCACAAACCGGACAUGGGAACACAAGAAAAUGUGCAUAAACUCGAACCCUCAAUAUGGCAGAAUGUUGCUGUUGUGCCCAUUGACAUUGCAGACAGAAGUCAAGUGUCUGCUGCUGACUACAAGCCUGAUGAAGAUCCAGCCACGUUCAAGUCUGUGAAAACAGGCAGAGGACCUCUGGAGCCAAACUGGCAGCAAGAACUGGCGAGAACAACUGACUGCCCAAAGAUGUGUGCCUACAAACUAGUCACAGUCAAGUUUAAGUGGUGGGGGCUUCAAACCAAAGUGGAGAACUUCAUCCAGGAGCAAGAGAAACGGAUCUUCACGAACUUCCAUCGCCAGCUCUUCUGUUGGAUUGAUAAGUGGGUGGACCUGAACAUGGACGAUAUCCGUCGAAUGGAGGUGGAGACUCAAAAGGAGCUCGAAGAGAUGCGUAACAAGGGUUCAGUAGGUACAACGGGUUCAGAGGAGUAGCAGGCCAGGUUUAGGUCUGUGUGUUGCUGUCUUCGCAAAAAGGGUGACGUACGAGGAACCAGCGCUGCAGACCACUGAAAAACAACCGGAUUAAAAAUGGCCACCAUGUGUGAUGCUGUCUGCUAAGAAUGCUCCUUUGUUUGCCACUUUUUACCUUAACUGAUUUUGGCUGUGGAGGAAGGAGCACAGCUACCUGCAAUCAAUAGUGCAGAUCCCCUGACUUGACCCCAAUCAUAGACGUUCUGUCCAGUGAGGAUUGGUUUUUUUUCUUCCAGAGACCAACAUGAUCUUUCCUGAUGGCACUCUGGUAAAAAAAUUUUAUCAUCAUCAUGUAAACGAGACUUUUAAAAAAUGAGAGAAGGUAUGUGUUAUAUAGAAUAAUACAAAUGCAAAUUACUAAUCUGGGUACCACAGUAAAAGGACCAAAUCUUUCCUUUUUUGUAUUUUAUAUAAAUUUUUCACAUUCCUGCGGAAGCGAUGUCAUGUGUGACCCUGUGCUGUCUUACCUGAAAGCUCCCGGUUCGUCAAACUCAUGUUCCUUCCUGCCACAGCCUCCAUUAAGUGAUUACUAACACCCUUGGCGCUCAUGCCCAACUCCCCCUCCUCUGCCCCCACCCCACCUUAACUGAAUCACUGCAUCUUUUUAUCACUGACAAUCAUGCCUGUGCAAGUGUUCACUGUCUCUCCUGUUCAGACUUGGUGGAAAAAACACACACGCACUCAUCAGAACCUGAGGAUAAACGUGUGAAUUCACUCUUAAGGUGUGUGAACAGGCACAGCUGUGGAUACCUUUGCACUGACUUAUCUGUUACAAGCCAAAGCUGGGCAGAUCCACACAGGCUCGUUCACCUAAAGGAUGUUGGCGGCUUCCUGCAGCCCCUCCUCCUCCCACACCUAACCCGUCCUCGCUGUUCUGAAGACAUUCGUACAUAACGCGGUGCAGCAUUCACCUCCUUAACAGAUGUCUCUAGAGGGGAAAAAAGUGCACUGAAAAGCAGCCGCAGAUGGUGCUACACCCCUCCAGCCAAACUUUGCUGCGUUGAACCAGCCCACCUCCAAAGGCCAGCCAUGCUCAUCUGGUUUUCUGAGGAGAGAUUUUUUUUUAACCACACUUUCUUCUCCGGCUUCAAUCCGGUCGUGUUUACAGGUUCACGGUUGCUGCAUUAGUGCCCAGUCGACACCAGCACCACGCAGCGCUCGGCUAAACCUUUUCUAUAUUUUACACCUCUCACAGCUCUGCCAGCUAGCGCCAGCUACCUCCCUCUUCUCUAACUGGCAGCUUUCCUGAUGCCCAAGGAUUACCAUUAGCCAUGAGCUGCUGCUGCUGCUUCCUGGGAGUAAAUCUUAGCAGAUAGAGCUUUUAUGAGUGACAGUAUUUGUGAUUAAUCUCUACUCCUGCAUGUUUGCGUGCCGUUGCAGCUAAGCAACUGCAGUGCCUUCGACAUGCUAAAAGAAAGAAGAAAAAAAAAAGCAACCUCUGUACUUUGUUACACCAAAUGCAGCAGAUUUACACAUCAAUGUUGAACUGAUUUGCCAUCUGAUUAAUGUUCAUCAUGUUUUCUCUUUAAAACAUGUGGAAUAAGCCCACUUUUGUUGUUACACACAUAAAAUAUACUUGGUUUACUCAUUUCAUCCUUGCUGAGUUUUAUGUUGUAGUUGUAUGUUACAGUCUUAAAUUAUAACUUUUCAAAACUAUUCUUUAUUUCUUAAAAUAUAAAUAACAGCCUAUAAUUGUGUAUCAAGUUUUUUUGUUUGUUUUUUUUUGUCUGACAAUGUUACAUCAAGUUCAUUUUGUCCAAAGAGUAAAAGUGCAAAUUUGUCAUGUUUACAUGUUCUCCAAUCAUUAUAGGAAACUUAAAGUCAAUAACAAUCUGUGUAAUAAAAUAAAAUUUUCUCAGGUGCAUGAAAUGACUUAGAGCCUUAAGACGAUGUUUCUCUCACUUCCAAAUAUAAGAUGAUCCUGAUAUUGAUAACCAGAUACUGCUACCAUCUCAAAAAAUAUAUAUAAAUAAAUAUAUAAAAUAGGAGGAUGUGUAGGCUGUACCUAUCGUUUCCAACUAAAUCAGAAUGGUUUCUGACAGAGUCCCAUAAAUGUAUGGGCUGUCGAGAUGACAUAAGAACAUAGAUGAAGGAACUGUAUCUCAUGAUGUGUGAAAUCCACAACAAUCACAGGCUUUUAAACCGUUUUAUUCAGAUUGUGAAAAUCAGGGGUAAAUGUAUGAACUAUCGUGCCUUUUUCUUCUCUAGAAAUCUUGUGUAUUAGAUAUGCAUAUUGUAUCCAGUUAUCAAUAAAUUCUGUUUCUAAAUUA